AUGGUAUAUAAACAGAAGAGGAACCGGAAAAAGCAACUUUAUCCUGAACUUGAAAAAAAAAACAUAAUCAACAUAAAUGGUGGAGAAUCGAUCGUUUGUCCGCAAUGCAAUGAGAAAACUCUUCGAAGUAAAGUGAAACCUGACCGAGGGUGUAGAAAUGAUAUGCAGAGUCUAACUGUCUGUUGUGCACUCUGCGGUUGGAAUGGUCCGUUGAAAAACUACGAAGCUCAUCUUGGUGAAAAACAUCCGAACCCAAUGUGUGAGUUUUGUCACGCGACAUAUCCAUCGGUCAUCGAUCUGAACGAGCAUGUAUCCUACCAAUGUCCAGAAGUUCUUGUGCAUUGCCCUUUGGAAGUAUUCGGAUGUGAAGAUAACAUUCGUCGUACAGAUCUUUCUAAGCAUUAUUCAACCGGAAGGCAUCAGAGGAUUUUGAUCAAUGUUGUUCCUUCACGAGAAUUUCAAUCAUCGAACAGUAUCGUUAGAAGAAAUGAACUCGAAGAAAGUCUGGACGUCUUGUCGACUGUUAUUCAGCAAGCAAAUGAAGAUCAAGGGCAUUUAAGAAAUGAAUGUAGAGAAAAUGAACGCAAUCUGGAAGCAUUACUUCAAGAUUUGUCAGUUUCUCGAAAAUCUGUCGAAGAAGAGUUUGUUUUCCUCCAGAAGUUAGUAAACGAUCAACAGAUUUCCCAAUGUGACAUCGUGUCAAUCCAGCAAAAACUCCAUGAUAUGAAAUCACCGUCGUCCGAUGGAACGUUGAUAUGGAGAAUAACUGAUGUUAAGCAAAAAAUAGAAGAUGCAAAGUCAAAUGUACAACCAUCAAUUUUGUCUCCAGUUUUCUAUUCAUCACCAACUGGUUACAAAAUAUGUCUCUGUCUGCAUCCUAAUGGGAAUGAUAGUGCUCAACAUACUCACAUGUCGUUAUAUUUCGUUUUAAUGCGUGGCGAAUAUGAUUCGAUUUUAACAUUUCCAUUCUGUUUCAAAAUGAUAUUUUGUUUAAUCGAUCAAACUGGCAAACAACAACAUAUCUUUGACGUUCUUGAACCAGAUUUAUCAUCUAGUAGUUAUCAACGACCUCAAAGUGAAAAAAAUACUCCUAUUGGUUUUAUCAAAUUUGUUCCUUUACGGAUUCUUCAACAAGGAAACAAUGCAUAUGUUCGCAAUGAUACGAUGUUCAUCAAAGCAAUGAUCGAUUUCACAAAUCAUCCAAAAGAAAUUCUGUCUUACGUACUGAAUAUCAGUCCAGGAAUGACCGCGGUUGCUCAACAUGCAAUGAUAGAAGAAGAGAGAAGAGUACAUCAGCAGAGAUCCGUUUCAAAAUAA